CACUCAUUUCCCCCAGUGACCUUGACAAGUCAGAAGCUUGAAAGCAGGGAAAUCCGGAUGUCUCAGUUAUGAAAUGAAGCAGUGGGACUCCAAUAUAUUUCCAGAAGACUCCAUCUAGACUGGUGAUUGCCGGUUUCUAUUACUGCCAGAGACCACCCAGGGUGCUUCUCUGGCUUAUUAGGGAUUGGCAUAAUGGCCAAGUGCUUCAGCCUGAUGUUGCUUCUUAUCUCCAUCUGGACCACAAAGCUCCUGGUCAACGGCUCUCUCCGUGCAGAAGAACUUUCCAUCUCAACACCAUGCAGAAUUGUAGGAGUCACCCUUGUGAACAAAAAGACAGCCCGGCAGCUGAAUUUCACAGAAGCCCAGGAGGCCUGUAGGCUGAUGGGACUAACUUUGGCCAGCAAAGACCAGAUUGAAGCAGCAUGGAGGUCUGGCUUUGAGACUUGCAGCUAUGGAUGGGUUGCAGAUAAGUUUUUGGUCAUCCCUCGGAUUCUCCCGAACCCCAAGUGUGGGAGGAAUGGGACAGGUGUCCUCGUUUGGAGAAAUUUACCCAGCAAACAGUCCUUGGCCUACUGUUACAACUCAUCUGAUACUUGGAUUAACUCAUGCUCUCCAGAAAUUAUCACCACCAAGGAUCCCAUAUUCAACACUCAUGCAGCAACAUACACAACAGAAAUGAUCAUCAGUGACAGCGCAUACUCAGCUUCAUCUACUGUUGCACCUUACUCCACUACACCUACUCUUGUUCCUACUUCUACUUUGGCUUCCACCCCUCGACGGAAAAGAAAAUUGAUUUGUGUAACAGAAGCUUUUGUGGAAACUAGCACCAUAUCUACAGAAACAGAGUCAUAUAUUGAAAAUAAAGCAGCAUUCAAGAAUGAAGUUGUUGGGUUUGGAGGUGUCCCCACGGCUCUGCUAGUGCUUGCACUCCUCUUCUUUGCUGCUGCAGCUGGUCUCGCAGUUUGCUACGUCAAAAGGUAUGUGAAGACCUUCCCUUUCACGAACAAGAAUCAGCAGAAGGAAAUGAUUGAGACCAAAGUAGUAAAGGAAGAGAAGGUUGAUGAUAGCAAUUCUAAUGAGGAAUCAAAGAAAGCUGAUAAAAAGCCAGAAGAGCCCAAGAGUCUGCCCAAAACUACAGUGCGAUGCCUGGAGGCUGAAGUUUAGAAGAGAAAGAAAUGAGAGGACACACCUGAGGCUGAUUUCUUUCUGAUUCAUAUCCUGGCCCUAGAUGGGGAAACUUAAAGGGCCAAAAAACCAAACAAGAAAGUUCACCCUUGGUUCCUAAAUGGAAUCAUCUCAGGGCUACCUUUGGACUUUGGAGUUCACCAAAUGGAAUUCUCUUCUUCUUACCACAAUCCUUCUGGAUCCUAUCCUUCUACCUCCAAAGCUUCCCACAGCCUUUCUAGCCUGGCUAUGUCCUAAUAAUAUCUCUGUGGGAGAAAGGAGCUUUACAAAGCACAAGGACCUAAAAGAGCUAAUCAGAACACAUUUAUAAAGAGGCUUCUCAGCUGGCUGACAAUAGGUGAGUUGAGAACCAAGAAAUUGUUGAGACCAAGGCUUUCUCUAUUGAUUCCACAGGCCAAAUCCUUUCUUCAGCUCUGAAAAAAGUGACACACAUCACCUGGCAUGCCCUCCUGAGCCAGGAAAGAACAAAAAGAAGGAAGGAAAAGUUCAGCAACCAAAGGCCAUGGACAUUCCCAUGACUUGUGACCUGAUCUCUGUAAAGCCAAAAUGAGUAGAGAAAAAGAAUGAGGCCGAGGAUGUGGCGAGUGUAUUGCCAGCAGGGACUAUAAGUACAAACAGGGUCAAGGUAGUCAUCUUUGAAUAAUCUGAGUUGGAAUCACUUUUUAGAACACAGUUUCUUUUCUCUCUCUCUCUUUCUCUCGCUGCUGCCAUUUUUUCUAGAAGUACAUACAAGGAAUCCCCCCCCCCAAUAAAAUUCUCUUACAAAUUUUUAUUUUUUUCUGAGUUCUAUCUGGGAAACAUUGCUGAAGAAAAUUACUGUGUUAAAAAGCAGUAAAAUUUAACAAACAUUUAUUGAAUUCCUACUAUAUGUCAGGUGCUGGGUAAGGUAUUAUAUUCUAUAAUAGAAUAUUAUUUAUCAAAAACUUGCAAACAGUAAAAUGUAUGAAGUGAAUUUUUUCAGUUUUGAUAUUCUUAGCUUAUCUACUUGCAAAACUAAUUUUUUGCUAAGACUAAUCCAUUCACUAUUUUCUCUAAUAUGGCAGCCAUUUUAACCUUAAUUUAUUAUUAACAUACCCAAAAAGUACAUUGUUACCUCUAUACGCUGAAGCACAUUUUGAAAAUGCUGUUAACAAAUGUAUUGCCAGUUCUUUUUUCAGCAAGAAGAUCUCAUGAGGUGCACAGAUAUUUGUGUCAAUAAAUAAAUAAAAGCAUUUAGAAAAUUU